UUGAGAUUUAUUUUCAAGUUUCAAGCAUAUUCCGUCUCGCAUACGCGCGUUACCCGUCUCACCGGCUUGUUCGCUGCACAAGCGAUAAAAUCCUGCGAUAUGGUCAAAAAUCAAGACUUGAGGUCACCUGGCGUGUCUUAUCCGAGCAUCGACUAUGAAAACUUCUGGGACUGGUUCGUACAAGUAUCGGACAUCGAAUAUCAUUGGAAACAUGAACCGACUUACCUCAUCUCGCAGUUUGCCUUCUUAUUGGGUGGACUUCUAACGUUCAUACACGCAUUAAUUAAACGCCAAAGAUUUAUUUACUUAUGGAUCGGAAUAUUAUUACACGGCCUAGUGGUGGAGAUGAUGUCGUACUGGGUGCCGGACAUCGACAACUUUUGGCAUUCUCAAACACCAAUCAUUUUUCUUGGACAAAGAUUGCCCCUGCACAUAAUUUUCCUGUAUCCAUGCUUUCUCUACCAAGCAUCAGUGGCAGUUUCAAAGUUAAAACUACCCUUAUGGGCUGAACCGUUCGCUGUCGGUUUGUGUACCGUACUCGUCGACAUUCCGUACGACAUUAUUAGCGUCAACUUCCUGCAUUGGACAUGGCACGACACCGACCCAAACAUUUACGACCGGCAUUACUGGGUGCCAUGGAAUUCCUACUAUUUCCACGCGUGUUUCGCCGCAAGUUUCACAUUCUGGUUUCAUUUCUUCCGCAGGAGAAUGUGUAGUAACAAAGAUGGCGGCAAGUGGGAAGCAUCAACAAUGUGGAAAGAAAUUCUAUGCACGCUGUUUGCUUCAUUGCUUGGCACCCCUGGUGGAAUUCUAAUGUUCAUUCCAAUUUAUCAUCCACUUCACGACGUGUACAAACUCCACAGUGAAGUUACAUUCUUCAUUCUUUUCGCUAUUUUCUUAUUGAUUAUUUGGAGUGGCGAUCGCAAAGCACAACGAAACAAUAACGACAUUAAACCGAAAACAUUCAAAUCAACUUUUCUGUUGAUUUUACACUUAAUUGUGCAUUACACAAGCUUUUUAAUAAUGCCGAUAUUUUUCAAACCGGAAGACGAGAUCGCUGUUGGUUUAAAGGAACCUGUAGGCCCUUGUGAUAAAAUUGUUCCAGUACAAACUGUUUUCGGUGUGUUAAAAAAGCGUCAGUUUUUGUGCGUAAGUGAUUACGAUGAGAAGUAUUUCGACUUCCAUUGCAUCCCCAAGGAGCAAAUACCGCCGCAUGGCUCACAUUGGUACACUGCGUGUGGAGUACCACUUCAGAACCAAGUCGAGAUGAUUGCUAUUGUUAGCCUUAUUUGCGUAAUCGCGUGCUGUGUGUUUUGGAAUUUACAUUUCAAUUCAUUCGGAGAUGAGGCGAUUGCUACUAAAUUGAAAGCAACAAAGGUUUCAACCCAAAAGAAGAAAAAGUGAAACAAAGAGCAGCCAUCUUCGGAAAACAAUUGAACUUGUUUAACAAUCCAGCUGUUUUCCUAUGUAAUUAUAUAUGUUUCAAGGUUAAUUCCUUUGUAACCUCAAAAAUAUGCUUAUGUAAGCAUAUUUCCGCCAUUUUGUAACGCAUAAAAUCAACGUCCAAGGCUGCAGUGAUUACAUACACCGACUCAGCAUAUUUUAAGUACAAAAAUAUAAAUAUCAAGUUACUUCUGAA